ACCUCUGCAAAGGAAGAGGACUCCAUGGCCCCUCGCUCGCAUCCUGACAGCAGCUGGGGAUGGAUGGUAGUACUGGCAGGUUUCGUACAAACAGCCCUGGUCUUUGGGGUGAUCCGCUCCUUCGGGGUAUUCUUUGUCGAAUUUGUGGCUCACUUCAAGGAAUCCUCCAGCACCGUAUCCUGGGCCCUGUCUCUUGGGGUUGCCGUCCUGCAGUUUGCAAGCCCGAUGGGGAGCGCCCUCAGCGCCCGGUACGGGGCACGCCCAGUGGUGAUGGCCGGAGGCCUCCUCGCUAGCCUAGGUUUGCUGCUGGCUUCGUUCUCCGUCAAGAUCUCUCACCUUUACCUGAGCAUCGGCCUCAUCUCAGGGCUUGGCUGGGCCUUGGUGUUCACCCCUUCCAUGGCCGCCGUCUCCGAUUACUUCGAGAAGCGUCGGGCUCUGGCCAUGGGCCUAGCGGUCUCUGGCGCCGGCGUCUCCUCGCUGGUCUUCUCCCCGCUCUUCCAGCACCUGGCGGACUCGUACGGGUGGCGAGGGGCGCUGUUUGUGGUCUCGGCGAUGUCCCUCAACCUGGUGGUGUCCGCCGCGCUUCUGAGGCCCUUGACCGGGGUGGGAGAUGGCGACCCGGACCACCAGCCCCAGGAUUCAAAAUGGCGGAGGACAUUGGCUUCCCUCUUCGCCCUGGAGCUACUCCGCCGCGGACCCUUUCUGCGCUACGUCUCGGCCUUCGUCCUAGUCGACGCCGGCUACUUCGUCCCCUAUGCCCACCUGGUGGCCCACGCGAGGGAAGAGGGCUGCGACGAAUACCAAGCGGCCUUUAUCAUGGCCGCCGCCGCCGUGGCAGACAUGUUUGGCCGGAUUUGGGCUGGCUGGCUGGCAGAUACCGCCGUCUUCUGCCGCCUCGUCCACCACCUAACCCUCUGGACAGUGCUGACGGGGGUCUCGCUCGCUCUGGUGCCCCUGGGCCAUGGCUUUGCCGCCCUGGUGUCCCUCGGCCUCUGCUACGGGUUCUUCGCCGGCGCCCUCGUCCCUCUCCAGUUCACCAGCCUGGCGGAGAUCGUGGGUGCCGACUCGGUGCUGGGGGGGAUCGGCCUCAUGCACAUGUUGGAGAGCGUGGGGGCUCUGGUGGGGACCCCUCUCUCAGGCUGGCUGAGAGAUAUCACGGGGAAUUACACGGCCUCCUUCCUCACGGCUGGAGCGUUCCUCCUGGCGGGGAGCGUGACCCUUCUCACCUUGCCGGACUACUUCUCCCGCUCCCGGCCAUCGCGGACCAAGGCGGAGACCCCAGCAGGACCUCCCGACCACCAGGCCUUUGAAUUAAGGGGUCUGCCCCAACCAGACAGAGCGUGAGGCGGUGACAGGUUAGCCGAUCAAGAC